AGCACAUAACAUGAUGAACUUUGCAGGAUGCCCUCAUUCAGUGUGGUGGAGUUUGUGGAUGAAAUUGACCCUGAUGGCUGCAAGAAGGUGGACAUCAUUCCAUCCGAAUGGUUCGAGGGCACCGACGGAAAAUUAUGCUGGUGGCCACCAGCCACAUUGCUCAAUGUGACCAAGGCCGUGAAAGAGAGCACACCACCAGCUCAAAACUGGAUUCUGUGUAAUAUGCGUGUGAUGGGAAAUGCAGCUACUUAUGCGGAGGCCAGGGUAAAGCUUCAUCAAGCCGAGUAUACAUCCGACCUGACAGACACCGAAGAUGGCUUGAUAAAGAGAAAGGCAAGAUCAAAACUCUUCCAGAGUCAGAGCAAGCAUCUAGAAUCAAGUGAGCAUUCUGAUUCAGAGGACGAACUUCCACCCACUCCCCCAGAAAAACACCUUUGGCCAGCAGCAAAUAAAAUGACCAGCCAGAUUACCAGCCCCACUGCCCAGCGAGUUGCCAGCCCCAGUUGUGAAGCCAUGUUCUCUAAACUUCUUACAAUUGUUGAAGAAAUUAAGGAGACCCAGAAGGUUCAUGGUAAGAUGCUAAAUGCCUUGCUGAAGAAGCAAGAUACAUCAGUGAUGGAGGUUCCUGAUGGUGUGGUUUUCCCACUGCAAACUCAAGCAGACGUUGAGGCGCUUGAGGAGCUACUGGGGGACCGCAGUCUAAUGUCUGCUGUUGUUGCCAUGGUGGCAGACAUAGGGGGCACAAAUGUAGAUGACGCAACGAGACGAAUGAUGAAAUACAUUCUGUCAAACGAGCUGGCAUUGGACUACAACAUGUUUGGCCGUCACGGGAAAAAGAAGUUUAAGGACUUGUGUCUUUUCAACGUUCUGUACGAGGCUCUUAAGAAGAAUUCGUUGACUGCACAGGUGAACCAGCAGGAGGCAGAGAGGGCACUGUCGAAAUGGUUCACUGGGGCAAGAGACAGAGGAGGACGAAGGUUAUCUAGACAGCCAGUGCCAAAUUAAACAGAACUGAGCAGUGGUGGAAUGUGAGUGCAGAACAUUUGUAUUCAGCUAAAAGUAGAUUUAAACUGUUAAAAUAUUUAUAAUUUUUCAUCAAUAUUUUUAUCACAUGUUAAAAAAUAUUGACACACUGUUAUUUUCAUUAAUGAAUGUUGAUCAUUUUGUCUAUCAACAAAAACUUUCUAAAUAAAAAGUUGAAAUCA